CAUCAAUCACUUCGAGUUGACCUUGGGCGUUGUGCACCUCCUCUUUCCGCCCAUCUCCUGUCGGAUCGUUGUUGAUCGCUCGGAUGCAAGCAAGACGUCAUGUCUAUACUGAGACUGUUCUUCUGCGUUGCCGGGAUCUAUGCUUCGUAUCUACUCUGGGGCAUAGCUCAAGAGCGACUGGCUUCGCCGUUCCCCCGGUAUCCUCCUCAUUCGCCGAGCGACCCCUCGCACCCCGGUCUUCAUACCUCGCAAGAUCGGUUCCCCUCAUCGGCAUUUAUCACAACAUGUCAGGCCUUUGCGUCUUGCACAUGUGCGCUGGUUUACUUGAUAGUCGAGAGGAGCCGUAAAGGAGGAAAAGGAGGAUUCAAGACGUUGGUUGGAUGGGAGCAAGAAGCUGUGAUCACGGGUGCGAACGGAUCUGUUUGCAAUGGCUCUAGCGAAGAGAAGACAUCAACACCCCUUGCGAGAAAGCAACUGGCGGAGACGAGCUGGACCCGCAGAUUGCCGGUCUUGCUACUCAGGGUCGGGAUCUGCCAGAGUCUGGCGGCACCCAUCGGGUUCAUGAGCUUGAGGUAUAUCAGCUAUCCGACCAUGGUCCUCGCCAAGUCCUGCAAGCUUAUCCCAGUCCUUCUGCUCAAUGUCGUCCUCUACCGACGCAAAUUCAAGCCGUACAAAUACGUCGUGGUCCUGCUCGUCAGCAUCGGGAUCUCAAUGUUCAUGUUCUUCGGCAAAAGCAGCAGGAGCAAGGGCAAAGGAAGUUCGAACAGCUCCUUCGGAUUAGCGCUUCUCGGCUUCAAUCUCAUUCUGGACGGGCUGACAGCGUCGACCCAGGACGAGCUCUUCGCCCUCUACCCCCGUUUCACCGGCAAACAGCUCAUGUUCACCAUGUCCUUCUUGACACUCUGUCUCUCUCUGCCCGUCUUGCUGGUUCCACCUGCCUGGCCUUCGCUUGCCAUCCAUACCAUUGCUCGGACGGUCAAUCUACCCGAGCUGUUGAGUUUAACCGGAGUGCCCCCUCACAUGCAGAACACACCUUCGGAACCGGUCAUGUUCCAGUGUUUGCACUUUCUUUCGACACACCCCUCGGCAUUCUGGCCGUUGGCUCAAUAUGCGCUGCUAGGAGGACUCGGUCAACUAUUCAUCUUCGAGACCAUCUCGCACUUUGGCAGUCUCACGCUGGUCAUGGUCACGGUCACUAGGAAACUGUUCACCAUGUUGUUGAGCGUGUUUGUAUUCGGUCACUCGCUGGCGCUCGGCCAGUGGAGCGGUAUCGGGGUAGUCUUCGCAGCGAUCGGGCUAGAGGCGGGUGUCAAACGAUCAGAGAUCAUGACCAAAAAGAUCGCCGACGAAAAGAAAAAAUCGCGCCUAAAAGCAUUGUAGUCCUGUAUCGGCUU